CCGCCCGACGUGCUGCGGGGCGCGGCCGUCGGAGCGCAGUCGGGGCGACGGGCGGAGGUGAGCUGUCGGCGCAAUCCAGCUGAGGAGUCUCUGAGAUCGGUGACUGUGAACUCGGAGCUGCGCGCGGUUCUUCCGGUCGGGCGGCGCGAGUGGACUCCUUUCGUCGGCGACGUUUUCCCCGGGGGACGCGGAGGCUCGAGUGCGACGCGAAGCCGCCGGUCUGACGCCAACUCCUCAGGUCCGAGCCGCCGACCGCUGACACGAUGUCCAACUUCAUCCAGGGCAUCCCCCGCCCUCCCCAACCCCAGGCCCCGGUGCUGGGAAGUUCAAAGUUCUUCGCCGUCAUCAUUCCUGUCGUUCAGAUUGCGAUCGGGUCAGUUUACCUCCACGACUGUCCAGUGCAGCGCCUCAUCCCCAUCUACCUGAUAGUGUCGGGGGUCUUCGGCAUGCUGUUGGCCGUGCUCUCCUGCCUGCCCUGCGCUCAGGAGCCCAAAGAUGGCACCUCCAACCGGCUCAGUUGCGUCUGCAUGGCCUGGAACUCGUUGACGGCCUUCUUCCUCUUCUGCUGGUUCAUCGCGGGCAACGUGUGGAUCUACUCCAUUUACGAGCCCAACUACAACCAGACCGCGACAGACGCGGGCCCGUAUUGCAACAGGACGCUCUACCUGUUCGCCUUCUGGAUCACCACCCUGGCCUACAUCCUCCUCGGCCUGGCGCUGUUCUGCGGCUGCUGCGUUCUCUUCUGCUUCUUCCUGUGCGGCCGAGCCGACCCGGACGACGGCGUCUAGAGUCGUGCGCCCUCAUACAAAAAAGCCCGGAGACGGUGGCGGGACCCUUAUAAUAAUUAUACAUAAUAAAGCAGAUCCUGUCCAACAAGACUAUUCCUUUUAACAACCUGUCUUGUCUUGGAAUGUAGUUGGACGAGCACAUCCUUCUUUUUUGAGGCGGGUCUGGUAGAUGCACGCGUCACUCUGAGACGGUACAGAUUUUGAAGCUGAUUAUAAAUAAUAUGUCCUAAUUGCUGAGCCCUUUUCUACCGCUGCACAUGUAUUGUGUUUGUUGCCUCUUUUCAAUAUGAGAUGUAUAAGGCGGAAAAUUAGGCUCGAGCUUUUGUACAGUAGGAUGAAAUGAGAAAAUGUCUGUUCUGUCUGUGUUCAUUUUUCGUUACAAUUAAUAUUGUUACCAUUUUUGUUUCAUUAUUUGUUACAAUUAAUAUUGCUAUAAUUUUUAUUUCAUUGCUCAUGUAUGUUAAUGAUUUGUCUUCGGUAGAACGUGAUCAAAUUAGACUCUGAUUUAACGCGUCGCACUCAUCUUCCUCGUUCCUUAGACGGGCUUUUUGUUUGUGUGACAUAUUGUCCGAGAAAUUGUUAUUAUCGUGAUGAACGUCGUUGCGAGUCGCGAUUUGUGUCAAUAAAAAUGAUCAUGCUCGUGUAUCGUACGAUAAGUCGAUGAGUUAAUUAUCGUGACAGGCCUCACCUAGUGAAGUCUUUUGUUUCCAGGGGGGACAUUUUUGAUGUUUAAAUUGAUCAAGAAUCUUGGGCUUGGCAAUCAAAAAGAUGUUGUGUUGUGUCCGUCGAUUGGUGGAAAAUGAAUGAAGUGGGAAACGGGAAAUGUGUUGGUGUUGAAAGCCAGAGCUUCGCUGAGGCUGUGGCCCAAAUAGGAGCGAAAUGACCCGGGGGUAUCUCAAGGGUCAGCCCUGGUUUCAUCUGCGUCUCCAGUUGUUUCUGUGCAGUGAUCAUUAAAAAGACAACGACACAAUAAAACGUACAGGACGUCGA